ACUCCCACCAGUGCGCUCUUCCGUAUCGCCGCUCUUUUCUAGUGCUCUCCACUUGAACCAUCACUCGGCGUGUGGUAACCUCACAAAAUCGCUUCAGAAAAAGAAAUCAGAAACAUACCAAAAUGAGUUUCUUUGAGGGCACAGAGAAACUAUUAGAAGUGUGGUUUGGUUCUUCACAUAAGGAUAGAACAGCUGAUCUUCGCCUGAUUCCUCGGGAAUUUUGGGAUGACCUACUUGAUUUGGUCCAAUGUAAAAUUCUUAGUGUUGUCAAGAAUGAAAGCAUCCAUGCCUAUGUUCUCAGUGAAAGCAGCAUGUUUAUAUCGAAGAAUCGAUUUAUUCUGAAGACUUGUGGCACUACCACUUUACUGUAUGCUGUCCAGCCACUGCUUAAGAAGGUGAAAGAAUAUUGUGGAUUUGACAUUGUUGAGGAUGUGUUUUAUUCUCGCAAGAAAUUCAUGCAGCCGCAUCUGCAGGAAAAGCUUCACCAGAGAUUUGAAGAUGAGGUAAAAUACUUGGAUCAGCUGUUUAAAGAUGGAGGUGCCUAUAUACUAGGAAAAUUGAAUGCUGAUGCAUGGUACCUGUACACCACCAACCCUCAACUAACCAGCCCAGGGCGAGGAGUGAUAGAGCCAGACCAGACUUUAGAAGUACUCCUGUCAGGUCUGGAUCCAGAGGUAAUGAAAAUAUUUACCACAGAAGUGAGCAAGACUGCAACCCAGGCAACUGCACACUCUGGAAUAGCAGAACUUCUCCCAGGAGCCCAAAUUGAUGACUACCUGUUUGAGCCUUGUGGUUACAGUAUGAAUGGAAUCUUGCCAGAUGCACGUUACAUAACUAUCCACAUAACACCUGAGCCUGAGUGUUCUUAUGUCAGCUUUGAAACUAAUGUACCUCAGGCUGACUAUCAUGAUUUGAUCAUGCAUGUUCUCAACUGCUUCAAACCUAGGAAGUUCCUGUUGACAGUCUUUGCCAAUAAGGCUUCUAAAGCUGCCGGAGUCCACAAAGAUAUGCAGUGUGAGAAGUGGGAUGAGUUUGCUGGCUUUUCAAGAGUGGAUAACCAGCUGUGCAUGUUCAAGAAUUACGCUCUCACCUAUGCCCAUUUUGCCCGUGAUCCUUUCUAGGGACUCGCCUUGCCUCAACAAUUACAACUGCAAUACAUCAAAAAUUGUUUGAGGCAGUAUAUCUUAAAUGAAAAUCAGCAAUCAUUUCAGUUGUUAUUUUGCACAACUCAAUAUAUUUCAUAUAAUUUUGUAGUGUUCAUUUGGAAAAGUAGAAAACGUAGACGCAAAAUGUGGCAGUUGUUUGUAUAUCUGGCCUUAAAACCUAGAUGAAAAUGUAAUAUAAGACAAUGUGGUAAAAGUCAACUUGCUGUAAUCAUGGUAACCAACACCAUGGCAAUGAUGGCACAAUGCCAACCAGCAGGGACCCAUCAAACUAUAGGUCAACAGGUACCAGGUUUGUAAUACCAACAUCUUCACUGGAUUUGGUCAGUAAAAAUUCUGCCAUGUUUUGAAGUAUCUGGGGUAGCGCUAACACUCGCCAAUUUACCCAAAUGCUAAAACUGACUUAAAUUGGCUAAACAAAAAG